AGUGUCUUACAUGCCAUUGUCGCGAAUAUCACUAACAAUGGAAUAUCUCGCCUGGAAAAUUGAUUUUUCGGUCUAAUAAUAUAAACCGCGUGUGGGGGCACAUCAUGUCCACUACUGACUUACUUUAUCUGUGUAUGCUGUUAGGAUCUAUACCAUUCGGUCAUUUGGUCAAAUUAUCAGGUUCUCCAGCACGAAAGCAAUUCCUUUCCACUGUUGCCGGUGUCUGCUUGUCUCUCGCGCUUGUCGGAGUCUGGGGAAUUCUACACUCCUUUUGGACAAUUUUAGGCACGUAUGUGAUAGUAAUCUCUCUUGGUCGAAGGCGGUGUGAGUGGGUGGCAUUCAUAUUUGUGUUUGGAUAUCUUUUUUUCUUCCGCACAUGCAAGUAUUUUGGAUUUGAAAAGCCCCCAGAACACAGCAAUGCUAUUCAGCUGUUAGUUACCUUGAGGUGUUGUACACUACCAUUUGAAAUAUUUGAGUCUGAAGAAGAAACAGGGGAAGGAGAAUCAAAAAAGUCAAAGCAACCAUCCUUUUAUGAGUUCCUUAGUUACUCCUACUGCUAUUGUGGACUCACCACUGGUCCUUACUAUCGCUACAAGACUUACAAAGACAUGAUUAAUCAACAGCAUCCUGAGAAGAUUUCCACCAUCAUCCCGGCCAUGAGAAAUCUUCAGACACUACCCUUCUUUGGUGUGAUGUACCUUAUAUUAAACCGAUACUUUCCAAUCAGUCAUAUUGGGACUCCAGAAUACACAAGCCAUCCUUGGGGUAUGAUCUACCAACUAGCCUAUCUUGUGCCGACGUUUCAUGGGUUUCGCUGGCGUUUUUACGUAGGCUGGCUCUUAGCUGAAAGCUGCUGUAUGACCCUUGGUUUGGGGGCCUAUCCAUUUGAAACUGAACCUAAGCCUGGACUAGGGCCUACAAAAGAAAUUCCAAAGGAAAGUGAAGCUUUUCCAGAAGAAAAUGGAACUGUUGAUCAGACCACUUCUAAGCAAAACAAAGAAUCUAAUCAAGACACACACAGCUUUGAGACAAUCCACAACAUAAAAAUUUUUGAGGUAGAGUUUUCACCAUCUAUGGGGAAUACAAUGAAGAAUUGGAACAUGACUGUUCAGUGGUGGAUAGCAACGUAUAUACACAGGAAAACUCCUUUUAAAAACAAAAACUUAAGAAUGUUCGUGACGCUUCUCGUCAGUGCCUUCUGGCAUGGUGUGGCCCCGGGUUAUUACCUGACCUUUCUGGGUGUUCCACUGACAGUUAUUGCUGAAGUUCAAAUGUCAAAUGCUAUCAAGCCAUACUUGUCACCAGAGCUUUGUUACUGGUAUGACUGGCUCAGUUGGUUUUUUCAUUAUCGUUCCAUGGAGUAUCUUGGCUGUGGAUUUAUGUUGCUUCAGUUAACUCCUUGCCUGGAAGCAUGGCAGAGCAUGUACUUUGUUGGACACAUUGUGAUGGCAGCAUUCAUUGUUAUUCCUCUUUUUAUUCCUAAAAAGCAUACUAGUGACAAAGAGGCCAAGAAGAAGUUGUCUUAAACUAUGGCCUAGAGUUUUUGAUAAAAUAUUGUUUACUUUUAUUAGUUAUGAUAUGAUAGUAAUGAAAAAUACUUUAUUUUGAAAGCUGCUUAGCUAUUUAAGUAAGUUGUGUAUUUACAUUGUUGCUACUAUCAACAUUUAUUAUCCAACUGUGUGCUUCAUAGAGUACAAAUAACGUGCAAGACAAGUACAAAUAUCACAUGAUACUUGUA